AACAAGACACAGGCUCUUUUCAAUUCAGAAGGAAAUUGUUUCCAUGUUUGAUGACAUAAUGGACAUCAUUGAAAGUGAAGAUUAUGGCAUAAAUCUUCAACAAUGUCUGGAAAAAUCAUCUCCUGAUUUUGUAUCAUAUAUUGCUAAGCGAAAGGAAGAUAUUCUGAAAUCAGAUCACGGAAUAGUUGUGGCAGGAGAAACAAGCGCUGGUAAAUCCACUCUUAUCAAUAAACUACUAGGGUUGAGAAUUUUCAAAGGACGAAACAUGGAAUCAACGUCAACAGUUUGCAAAGUACGAAACUCUGAUAAAGUGGUUAUAAAACAAGAGUUGUGCAAUGGUGAAUUCGAAGUCAAAGAUAUGAGUCACAUUGAUGUACAAACAAAAAAAGGGGAAAAAACUCUAAGAGAUACUUUGAAGACUCUUACAGAUAUGACCAUAAAAAAAGAGAGUAUCAAAUAUGAAUGUGUAGAUAUUGGAUUACCGGUUUCCUUUUUGAAGGGAAAUACAAUAAUAGUCGAUACACCAGGCAUCGGGGGCUCUGGAAAAGUCAGCCAGAAAGUGAUGGAAUAUUUGCCAAAUGCUGUAUCUUUCAUCUUUGUGAUAAAUGUGGCAAGUGCAGGCGGAAUGCAGAAAGACAGGCUUCCAAAAAUACUGAAAUCCGUUAUCGACCUGCACAUGGAUGACGAAAUGCCUUGUUUUGAUCCAAGCAGUGUCAUUUUCAUAACGAACAAAUGGGAUUCAAUAAAGCAGGACCCGGAUGACAGUGACGAGGAAGAUGAUGCCACUCAAACUUGGGAAAAUGUGACAGACAGUAUUUUUACAAUGUGGCCAUCAGUUAGAAAAGAGAAUAUUUUCAAACUGAAUCUCAUUGAUGUAAACAAAGAAAAGACCUCUAUGGCAGAGUUUGAUAAAUUUCGAAAAGCUUUAGAAAAAGUGGUAAAAGAAAACGAAAACAUAAGAAUCACGGAACAUUACAGGUUCCUGUGUACACUGUUAGAUGAUAUGUGUACAGUAGUUCGCACGAGACAAAAAUUGGUUAAUAGAUCAAAAGAUGAGCAAGACAGAAAAACUGAAGAACAUCAAAAGAAAAUUGCUUCCUUAAAAGAGAAGUGCGCAAUGAAAAGUCAUACUUGGCGAAAACUUAUCUCAAGCAUCAUAGAACAAGAGGCAAAUGCAAGUUUUGAAUACAUGUCAUCUGACCUUGGAAAGGAGAGAAUUCUUAAUCCAAGAUGCUCAAAACCUAUAAUGAAGGUAUCAAAUGUUCCAAGCACAUUAGCUGACAUCGUUCAGAAUAGGGUUGACAAAUACAUUAAAGAAAAAGUACUGUCUCCAGAUGUAGUUGAAGCGUUUAAAAAUAUCAAUGACGACAUUUUGGAUUUCUAUAAAGAAGUUUCCUCCAAAAUAGAAAAACUGGAAAAUGAAUGGACCAGGGACAGCGAUGAAAAUAGCUCGGAAAUAGAUGGAACUUAUAAAGGGGAGUCGAUAGCUCCUUAUGUUGCUGGGGUAAUAGCAGUGGCCCCACUUUGGUUUCCACUGUUGGUGGCUGGAUGUGCAAUAGCCGUUGCUUCAGCACCAGUGGCUGCACCAAUUAUUGCUUAUUUAAGUAGCGAUUCUACAAAAAAGAAACUUAUUGAUAAAGAAUAUGAAAAAAGUAAGUCCUUGUUUAAAUCUAAGCUAUGCAAUUCUUUGGAACACAGUCAUGGAGAUUCAUUAAAUAAACUGAUAUCAAAGAUAGCCGGAGAUAUUUUGCCACGAAGGAUACAAUUCAUCGAAGAAACCAUCAAAGAACUCUCUGAAAACCGAGACAAAAUCAUUGCAAACCAAAAAUAUUUAAACAGUCUUGCAGAAAAAAUCACGAAUAUGAAAGAUGUGACAGAAAAAAUAAAGCAUGAAUUAAAUACCAGUUCAACCGAGAAAAUAUUAAUUAAGCAUCAUUUAGAAACGAAAAUAUAA